AUGCAGCAAGCCAAUGAAAACCAAGCCAGGAGAGAUAGGAGCUGCUUUGAGAGCCUGACCUUAUGGGACCUGAAGAGCCACAACCACAGAAGAAGAAGAAGAAGAAGAAGAAGAAGAAGAGAAGAAGAAGAGAAGGGAGAGAAUAAAGAGAAGGUAGAAGAAGAGGAGGAGGUAGAUGUAGAAGAAGAGGAGGAGGUAGAAGAAGAGGAGGUAGAUGUAGAAGAAGAGGAGGAGGUAGAUGUAGAAGAAGAGGAGGAGGUAGAAGAAGAGGAGGUAGAUGUAGAAGAAGAGGAGGAGGUAGAGGUAGAAGAAGAGGAGGAGGAGGAGACAGACAACACAUAUCCCAGGUGUCUCCAUCAUCAGGGCCUGAAACUGAGUGUGAAGGGGCUGAGAGGGAGACAGACAGGAGAGGAGAAGUACGGUCGGCUCAGAGAGAUCCUAGGAGACCAGUAUGUCAGGGAGGUUACCUGCGCCCCUGAAGGAGAUAGAGUGGUCCUCCACCUCUAUCACCCUAGUGUACCUAUGUGUUCCCUGUUGAAUCACCACUUCAGUCACCUGGCCACUAAAUUCCCUGAGUGCAAGUUCCUGAUGAUCCUCGCCGGGCAGUGUGUCCCCAACUACCCUGUCAGCCACCUCCCCACCCUGUUCAUCUACGACUCAGGAUGUAUCAUCAACUCACUGAUAGGAGAGAAGGCCUGUGGAGGGAGGAACGUAUUGGAAGAUGAGCUGAAGUGGAUGCUGGCCCAGUCGGGAGCGUUUGUGAUUGACAGCUACGAGGCCUUAUACCAGGAGAGCACGCCCAUCAUGACGCCGCGUUCGGAACAGGAACAGGAAGACGACAGCGACGACCAGUCUGAUCACUAUGACAACCAAGGCGCCGAGGUGUAGUCAUGGUUACAGGGAUCACUUUGACAACAAAGAGACAGCAGUGUAGACUGUGAACUCUAUGACAUCAUGAAACAUUGGUGUUCUGAUAUAAUAUCCCAUUCAUAAAUGUUGGCUACUGUUGACUCAUUACUCAUUAAAUCCAGAUCCAGAUCAGAUUUAAUACAGGUGUAGGUAGCUACUCAUAUUGACUCAUUACAUGAUGUGAUCCAGAUCAGAUUUAAUACAGGUGUAGGUAGCUACUCAUAUUGUAACUCAUUACAUGUGAUCCAGAUCAGAUUUAAUACAGGUGUAGGUAGCUACUCAUUACAUGAUGUGAUCCAGAUCAGAUUUAAUACAGGUGUAGGUAGCUACUCAUUACAUGAUGUGAUCCAGAUCAGAUUUAAUACAGGUGUAGGUAGCUACUCAUUACAUGAUGUGAUCCAGAUCAGAUUUAAUACAGGUGUAGGUAGCUACUCAUUACAUGAUGUGAUCCAGAUCAGAUUUAAUACAGGUGUAGGUAGCUACUCAUUACAUGAUGUGAUCCAGAUCAGAUUUAAUACAGGUGUAGGUAGCUACUCAUAUUGACUCAUUACAUGAUGUGAUCCAGAUCAGAUUUAAUACAGGUGUAGGUAGCUACUCAUAUUGACUCAUUACACGAUGUGAUCCAGAUCAGAUUUAAUACAGGUGUAGGUAGCUACUCAUAUUGACUCAUUACACGAUGUGAUCCAGAUCAGAUUUAAUACAGGUGUAGGUAGCUACUCAUAUUGACUCAUUAGAUGUGAUCCAGAUCAGAUUUAAUACAGGUGUAGGUAGCUACUCAUUCAACACGAUGUGAUCCAGAUCAGAUUUAAUACUGGGUUAAAUGCGGAAGACACAUUUCAGUUGAAUACAUUCAGUUGGACAACAGACUAGGUAUCCCCCCCUUUCCCUUUCCUAACUCAUAUUGAGCUCACUUGUUGUUUAAUAAUAUGCUGUAAUAAAGUUUGUUAUAUCUUAAUUUAUAAA